UGAGUGCCAUCUAUUGAGCGCUGCAUUGCUUGACAUUCAUUGCCAUUCAAUACAACCGAUCGAUAAAUACUGCACUCAUUGUGUCCAUCGGAUCCACGAUUAGUGUCCAGAAAUGCUGUCCCGACUGGUCUUCAGCUCAAAGAGUCUAUGGCGGGCGUCGAGUGGUGUGCAGUCAUCGCUGGCCAUACGAUCCAUGUCUCACACCCGCCACGAAGUGAACUUCAAUCCUCCACUUCUGCCCGCAAUCGACGCCGAAAACGGUCAGCUCUACGACCCGAAGACACAAACGCUGGAAGACUUUCUGAACAUAAGACUCGGUGAGGAUAUGCCGACAAUACAUGACGAUAAGAAACCCGAACGCGAUGUGAAGAACUUUCCCCGCGUUUUGCCGCCCAUAUGGCCCGACAGGACACGACUCUAUUUGCUGCCCGACUCGUGGUUUGAGUACUUCUAUAAGAAGACAGGAGUGACGGGUCCGUACGUAUUCGGUGUCACAUUCGGGACGUAUCUCUUGUCCAAAGAGUGGUUUAUCGUUGAGCACGAGAUCUUUACGGGCGCGUCGUUGGCCAUCCUUACGGCCGCCAUUUGUAUUAAAGCCGGUCCGGCCCUCAGGAAGUGGGGCGGAGAAGUGCAGGACGCGGAGGUAAACCUAUGGAAUGAAUGGCAGGACGGGAUGAAGAGUUUCCUCAACAAUCUGGUGGGCGUCGAGAAUGAGGCACAAGAGAGCGCUCGACAACACAAGAUCCUGUUUGACGCCAAACGCGAGAACGUGAAGCUCCAGUUGGAGGCAGAGUUCAGGCGCCGACAAAUGGUGGCCUACAGUGAGGUCCGCAAUAGACUGGAGUACCUGUUGGCCAAACAGGUGGCGGAGCGACAGUACCAACAGCAGCAUAUGGUCAACUGGAUUAUCGAUGGCGUCGCCAAAGGCAUCUCCGCUACACAGGAGAAGGACUUCCUUCAGAAAUGCUUAUCCGAUUUGAAACUCUUGUCGUCUAAACAUAAGAUUUCGUUGACUUAAUUAAAAGUCAUUCAAAAAGAUUAUUAUUAAAUUAGAUUUCAAAUUAAGCAUUAAAUUAGAAAAUUGUUUAACUAUUAAAAGUACGAUAAAGU